AUGGACGAGGGAGCGGUUCUUCAGGUGUCCAUAUCACUGAGCAAGGUGGAGCUUAGUGUUGGGGAGUCUAAAUUCUUCACCUGCACAGCCAUUGGUGAGCCAGUGAGUUUAAACUGGUUUAAUCCUCAAGGUGAGCGCAUCAUCUCCAACCAGAGGGUAGUCCUACACACGGAGGGCGUCCGCUCUCGACUAACCAUUUACAAUGCCAUCAUCGAGGACGCCGGAAUAUACCGAUGUCAGGCAGUGGAUGCCAAGGGGCAGACCCAGGAGGCCACAGUAGUCCUGGAGAUCUACCAGAAGCUAACGUUCCGAGAGGUGCAGUCGCCACAGGAGUUCCGUCAGGGGGAGGACGCUGAGGUCGUGUGUGAUGUCAUCAGUUCACCCGUCCCGGCGGUGUCCUGGUUCUACAAGGGCAGAGAGAUCAGCUCUGAUCCCAACAACAGGCUCCAAGUCCUUGCCAACAACAACCUGCAGAUCCUGCAAGUUACUAAAGCAGAUGAGGGGGUGUACCGCUGUGAGGCGCGUGUGGAGGCCAGGGGCGAGAUUGAUUUCCGGGACAUUGCCGUGGUGGUGAACGUUCCUCCUGUGUUGUCCGUACCUCAGCAGUCUUUCAAUGCCACAGCGGACUAUCAGGAGUCAGUGACAUUUACGUGUAUCACCUCCGGCUCUCCACAGCCUGAGGUCACUUGGCACAGGAGGGGUCAGCAGGUUGAGGGAUCAAAGCUGUAUAUACUGAACACUCUGGAAGGUGGCAGGAGCACGCUGACCAUUCAGAACAUUCGUCAAGAUGACGGCGGACCGUACACCUGCAGGGCCAGUAAUAAGGCAGGCAUUCAGGAGAGUGAGCUGUUCCUCAAAGUCUUUGUGCAACCCCAUAUUACACAGCUGAGGAAUGUGACAGCUGUGGAGGGCAGUGCAGCUAUGAUCUCCUGUACGGCAGAGGGAGAACCUCUGCCUGAGAUCUCCUGGAGGAGAGCCAGCGACGGCCAGAGCUUCUCAGAUGGAGACAAGAGCCAGGACGGACGUGUUGAAGUUCGUGGUCGCCAUGGCAAAUCUAUGCUUACCAUCAGCGGGGUCAGACUCACAGAUUGGGGUCGUUUUGACUGUGAGGCUCAAAGCAGAAUUGGAGGUCACCAGAAGAGUAUGUUCCUUGACAUAGAGUAUGCACCCAAGUUUCAGACCAAUCACACAAUCUUCUACUCAUGGGAGGGAAAUCCCGUAAACAUCAGCUGUGAUGUAAGGUCCAAUCCUCCGGCCACUAUGCUAUGGAGGCGGGACAGGUUCACCAUUUCAGACCAAGGGACCAGCAAUACGCGGAUCCAUACAGCGGAGGGAAGGUCUCUACUGGAGGUCACCCCAAUGUCCGACAGGGACUUUGGCCGCUACAACUGCACAGCCAGGAACAACAUUGGGACUCGUUACCAAGAAUUUAUUCUGGCACAGGCAGAUGUGCCCUCAAACCCAUAUUCAGUGCGACUGACGUCAGUAUCCCAACGCACCGCCAUGGUUACCUUCAUGAAACCCGACUCGCACGGCGGAGUCCCGAUCAGCCACUACAUCGUUAACUACAGGGAUGUAAGCUCGCAGGAGUGGAGGGUAGUGAAGUCCUUUGGCGUACAGACGACGGUGUUGCUCACCAGUCUGGAGCCCAACACAACAUAUGAGGUGAAAGUGGCAGCAGUAAACGGGAAGGGUCAGGGCGACUACAGUCACACUGAGACCUUUCAGACGUUACCCAUCAGAGAGCCCAGUCCACCUACAGUGCACGGCCAGAGAGGAGUGGGAAAAGCCUACAGACUGGGGCUGGUAAAGCAGGACGAUGGAGGCAUGCCCAUCGUAGAAUACAUCGUUAAAUACAAGACGGACAAAGAGGAACAGUGGAUGACUAAACUAGUUCCUGGUGCCAAUGACUAUGCCCUGCUACAGCCUCUGCAGUGGAACACCCGGUACAACGUAGAGAUCACAGCCAGAAACGUCAAAGGCCUGUCUGAGCCCACUUUUUUCCAGUUCCUCAUGCCACAGAAACCUGAUAUCACUGCAGACUCCCUGUUCAGCGGCCUGGGUCUCGGAGCGGUGGUGGGGCUUGGCCUGGCUGGCCUGCUGGUGUUCCUGGUGGUUGUGGACGUCAGCUGCUUCUUCCUGCGGCAGUGCGGACUUCUCAUGUGUAUCACCCGUAAACUGUGCAGCAAGAAGACAGCCACCAGCGGCAAGAGCAAGGAGUUGGAGGAGGGCAAAGCUGCUUACCUGGGUGAUGGGUCCAAGGAGCCCAUCGUGGAGAUGAGAACAGAGGAGGAGAGAAUAACUAACCCAGAAGACGGGAGUCCAAUGAACGAGCCAAAUGAGACGACCCCCCUGACAGAGCCCGAGAAGCUCCCAUUAAAGGAGGAGAAUGGUAAAGAAGCCCUGAAACCAGACUUGAUUGAGAUCAAAGUCCACAGUGACAACAGCAUCCACACAUCGCAGGAAGACAGCAAAGCAUAA